GGGAGAAGUUCACUGACACGCCGUUUCAGGUAAAGCCGGCCAAUCAGGCGCUGGGUCCUGGCUACGGGGCUUCCGGAGGUCCAGUAUGUUAGGAGGAUGAGGUGGAGCGUCAAAUUGAGCUCUGCCGCGAGUGUGUAUCGGUGGUACGUGAGGACGAAGGUGAUGUUUUCUGUAGAUGGCACUUUCACCAGACCAAGAUGAUGAGCUGUCCGACGAACAGUUUGAAGAGGUCUUGAACGAAAUCGGAGGCAGGCAUCGGAUCUACCUGGUUGGAGACAUUUGGGAAAAUGAGAGAAGAGCACGAGCCAGGCAGCUGUCGGAGUUGGUGAAUGACCUCUUUGAUUUGGAUCUGGUCGAACCGUGCAGAAUGCACAACGGUGACCCCUCCGCCAGCGCAAACCCGGUAAAUGCGAAUAUUUCGGGAGCUUACACCUGUCCCACAGCGUCACGCAGCAUGUGCAAGAAACAGGCGCGGGCGAUCGACUCGCCUCUCGUGGUCUUUGUAUUCAGUCAAGGAAGCCUGCGUACUACCUCCCGACGUGCCUCCUUACGGGUGAUCCUAAAAGACGUGCGAGGCCGUAUCAGGUUUUCGAGGCAGCGGCCGGCACUGUUAGGACUCGUCUACUCCCCCGGUGGCCGCAGCACGGACAGUCCUGACCUGAUAUACCAGCUGGACCAGCAACUGCGAUCAGUUUUUCGGAAUCUGUCUAAAGAAGCAGUACAAACCGGGCUGUUCGUCCCUAAGGACACGACGGUGAAUGUGGAAAUCAAGAGGAGUGUCUGCAGAGUACUGCGAGCCGCACGGGGAGACCAGACAGCUGAUACUUCAACAAGAAGUUCCUCCUGGUGCUUCCUGCAAUGUUUUUACCUGUGGGGAAGCAGCAAACGAACACAGCAGCCUGUUGGUGAAAAACAAGGAAUUGUUGAGAAUGGAGAGGAAGCAAUUCCUUUGCAGCUCCCUUUGUCUGGGACCUCUCAAGCAGCUUCCACAGGUGAUGAUAAGGAAAGUAGUGUAUGAAGUUGCACCUCAAGUUCUUCAGCUAGACAAAGAUGAAUGAAGGGAACCUGGGGUUCAGGGGUUGCAGUCAACGCAUAACAAUGAAUGUUUCUUUGCUUUCCAAUGCUUUGCACAAAUGCAUACUCUUGAGUUUGGGGCCAUUUGGGGCAUGAAUUAUGUGUAUCUCUUCUAAAGGUAAAAUCUAUUGUAUGAUGAAAUCCUGUCAACAGUAUGUUCUCCCUCAUUUUCAUGUUUAACAACAGGGUUCUGUCCUUAAUGUGAAUACUCCAUGUGAGGAAAUCACAGUGUGAAACCCAAGCAAUAUUACCUAGAAGCUGUAAUUCAAUUUACAUGAGGUAUUUAAUGUUUUUAUAUAGCCAAAAAAUAACACUCAUACGUGUAUAUAGGGAAUGCUGACAGCUUUUGACUAAUGGUAGCAAAAGCCUGGUGAUAGAUUACAGUAAACUUUUGCAAUUGAUGAUUAACCAUUCUGCUAUAACUCAUACAUUAAUACAGAAAAAAAUGUAGUGCAAUGCUAUAGGGUCACAAACUUUAAUAUAUUUUGAAAUAUUAUUAACCCAAUUAGAAUUAGAAACCAAACAUGGCUGGUGCUGUGGAAUUAAUGUAUUUAAUAAAGCCAGCCAACAAAAUCUAUACUGUACAUACAAAAUACGUCAUAAGGAAAUGAGAAAUUAACAAAAGCAUUAAGAUGUUUAGUAUUUACACAUACUGUAUUAGAAAGAAAACAAAGAAAAGUAAAUGUAGGCAGUGGAAAGAGAAAAAAGAA